AUGAAGUGGUUAAUUGUAGCAGCUGCCUGUCUGGCAGUGGUGAGCUGUGCCAGCCUCUCUCUGGAAGACCUGGAGUUCCACGCUUGGAAACUCAAGUUUGGGAAGUCGUAUAGCUUGCAUCAGGAGGAGGCCUACCGAAAAGACAUCUGGCUGUCCUCUCGUCGAAGGGUUCUGGCCCACAACCUCCUGGCUACCCAGGGCAUUCAUUCCUACCGCAUGGGCAUGAACCAGUUCUCAGACAUGGACCCCGAGGAGUUCCGUGAGAAGGUGCUCCUCAAAGACAUGAAACCCUCCAAUGAGACCAAAGCAAUGCCCCAUCUGGCCAGCAUGGACUCCAUAGCUGAAGGUGGCGCUGCUGAGCUGGCUGACACUGUGGACUGGAGAGAUAAGGGCUGUGUUACUGAAGUGAAAAGCCAGGGCCAGUGUGGAUCAUGUUGGACCUUCAGUGUGACUGGUGCGCUGGAGGCCCACACCUGUAUCAAGCACGGCUACCUGGCCUCCCUGAGCGAGCAGCAGCUGGUGGACUGCACGCGGCCCUACGGGGAGUCCGGCUGCGGUGGAGGGUGGAUGGACCCAGCCUUCCAGUACAUCAGGGACAACGGAGGGAUAGACACAGAGGAAUACUACCCCUACAUUGGACAGGAGGACUACUGUCGCUUCAAUCCGGCUGGUGUUGGCGCCACCUGCAAGGGGUUCCAUGACGUGACGCCCAAGGGUGACGAGUCUGCUCUGCAGAACAGUGUGGCCAGACAGGGACCCGUGUCUGUGGCCGUGGAUGCCAGCCGAUUCGCCGACUAUCAAUCAGGUGUCUUCAAUGAUCCUUACUGCAAUGCUGCGGCUCCAAACCAUGCCGUGUUAGUGGUGGGAUACGGCUCUGAGGGUGGUCAGGACUACUGGCUCGUGAAGAACAGCUGGGGUGUUAGCUGGGGAGAGCAAGGCUACAUCAAGAUGGCCAGGAACCAGUACAACCAGUGUGGCAUUGCAUCUUAUGCCUCCUAUCCAGCAGUCUGAUGAAAUGACAACCAAACAACUAUGCCUGCCACAUUUCCCUGCACAUGUAUGGAUUUAACUGCAAGUUGCAUUUUGCCUCAACUGUACACUGUACAUCUCAAAAGAAACCAAGCCAACCCAUCAUAGUACUUAAUUGAAUUGUAUAUUUUUUAAUUGUUAAAGUGAAGAGAUCUUUUCCAAAAUGCUCCGAAAGUAAAUUUUCCAAAAGUAAAU